CUAUUGUUCAGGCCCUAUGGUUUUCGACUAAACCCUUCAAGCAGUCACGGGCUAUCAUUUUUCACAGAUAUUACGUACGAGACUCCCUUCAUCAAGGCGAUAAACCGCAGCAAGAAAACCGACGAUCAUCCCUCGGUUGCUUUUCCUACACUAUUGACGAACGAACGGACCGUAGGAGUCCGCAGGUCGCCCACCGAAUUGUGGCCGUAACUCCUAAAUGGCAAUCACACACCUUGGUUGCUACCAUAUUACUACUACCUACCUGGAUGCAUUCCAUCGGUCAAGGUAUAUUGUCCACCAUUGCCAUUGGUGUAGGUGGCCUGAGCAGCGCCAUCCGUCCACCAGGAGUAGUAGUACCCAUUGGAAGUACCAGUAGAGCUGGGGGUACCAGAGCGUUCUUGGAGAAGACCGAAGCCUUCAAUAUCCCGUUCUGUGACAUUCGUUGGGACAGCGAGGGCGCCAAGAAUGCUAGUGGCAGCGAGAACGAGGUGGGUGAAGGAGACCAUUCUGAUAGCGGUAACAGUAGCCUGAGGGUUCUGUUGGCUAACUAG